GUGGCCUUUUUUGCGUACGGAACCUGAAAGAGCAGAAGAAGAAGAAAGAGGAGAGGAGAGGGAACGGGAUCUCAAGCCCCAGCUAGCAAUCCACAUCGAAAUCUACGGGCCCCCAGUAUUCCCAUUUGCAAUUGGUAACCGAAAUCGUAAUGCCUUCUUCAUUGUGUGAAGCUCUCACGAAUUCUUCAAUCAAUUUUGAUUAUCAAAAAGAAGAUGAUUGGAUUACAAGUGGAAAACUGGGCUCGCGCGAAGCGGUUUUGGUCUUUAGAACGAAUAUUCUCAAUCCGAAAAUCCGCAAGACAUUGUCUGAGAAGUCCUCUGCACAAGCGCUAUCGGAGACUAAGGAUAACAAGGAUGAGGAGGAGUCCGUGGUAUGCCAAAAUGCCAACAAAAUGGAGCAAAAAGGAUCCACUUCCUCAGAACCAAGUAGCAAGGAAGCUCUAAACGGUGGUUCCACGCAGCAAAAGAUUUAUUUAUUGAAGAAACCGCAACAAAAAUGUGAUAACCGGCCGGAUAAAUUAACCUUUACCAGCCCUUUUAAGAAGAUACUUAACCGAUAUUCCUCGAGUGAUACGUCCAUUUCCAGUGAAGGUGAAGAGCCUGCGCGUAGUUGUGAAAGCAAAUCGCGUGUACUUAAAACCAGUCAGAACACCAUAAAUAUUAAAUUAGCUGAAGAUAUAUCGAAGGAAAGUGGAUAUGAGUCCAUGACGCCUGCCAAAUCCAUUUCAAAUACCGAAGUAAGUGAGGAAGAUCCGGAGGUGACGAGCGAAGACGACGACGAAAGUGGUGUUAACAUGCCUGCCUUUAAACUUAAAAUUACCUAUAAAUUCCAUCAGACGGAAACCAAGUUGCUGAGAAAGCUCUUCAAUGUCCAUGGCCUUACAGAAAUUCAGGGUGAAAGUAAUAACUUUAAUUUACUCUGGACUGGUGUUCAUAUGAAAUUAGAUAUCGUGAGAAAUUUGGCGCCUUAUCAGCGGGUUAAUCAUUUUCCCAGAUCCUACGAGCUGACCCGAAAAGACAGGCUAUAUAAAAACAUUGAGCGUAUGCAACACCUGCGUGGAAUGAAACAUUUUGAUAUUGUGCCACAAAGUUUUGUCCUGCCAAUAGAAUCCCGAGAUUUAGUAGUAGCACAUAACAAGCAUCGCGGACCUUGGAUAGUUAAGCCCGCGGCCUCUAGUCGAGGAAGGGGAAUAUUUAUUGUUAACUCGCCCGAUCAAAUUCCACAAGAUGAGCAGGCGGUGGUAUCCAAGUAUAUUGUGGAUCCGCUGUGCAUUGAUGGUCACAAAUGUGAUUUAAGGGUAUACGUGCUAGUGACGUCCUUCGAUCCCCUUAUUAUUUACCUAUUCGAGGAGGGCAUCGUGCGGUUGGCCACAGUCAAAUACGAUAGACAUGCGGAUAAUCUGUGGAACCCGUGCAUGCACCUCUGCAAUUAUAGCAUUAACAAGUACCAUUCUGAUUACAUAAGGAGCUCCGAUGCUCAGGAUGAGGAUGUAGGCCAUAAGUGGACGUUGUCGGCCCUGCUAAGACACCUGAAACUCCAGAGUUGUGAUACACGGCAGCUAAUGCUGAACAUAGAAGAUUUAAUUAUAAAGGCUGUUCUGGCCUGUGCCCAAUCUAUUAUUUCCGCCUGCAGAAUGUUUGUGCCCAACGGCAACAACUGCUUUGAGCUGUAUGGCUUCGACAUACUAAUAGACAAUGCGCUCAAGCCAUGGCUGCUGGAGGUCAAUCUGUCGCCCUCAAUGGGCGUGGAUAGUCCCCUGGACACCAAGGUCAAGUCAUGCCUAAUGGCCGACCUACUGACAUGCGUGGGCAUUCCAGCCUAUAGUCCAGAAAUGAGAUCUCAUUACGACCAGAAAUGGUCGCGUUUCCGCAGUUCAAGCUGCCAAAGGCAGGCCACCUUCCCCAGUGCCUCGCAAAAGGCCAAAAAGUCGAAGAAAAAAGGAGGUGGAGCUGCCAUUAAUCUUAAUUUAACCGGCGAAGAGCAGCGCAUAUUGCGCAAUGCACGCCUUCAGUAUUCCCGUCGUGGCGGAUUCGUACGCAUAUUUCCCACGGACGACUCAAUGCAGCGGUAUGGUAACUUCCUAGACUCCUCCAAUGGCAUUCCCAUAUCCACACCGACGGUACAAAGUCAGACAUUCCAAACGCCCAUAAUGCAGCACAACUACAACCAGAUGCUUCACCAGAAUCUAUACUGCAAGGAUGGUGGCCGGCACAAGCAGGAUGACAAUUCGGAGGCAGACCGCAUUUGGCAAUACGAGAGGGCGUUGGAGACGGAUUCGGAGAUACCAUUUGUCAAGAAGCCCACGGUGGAGAAGUGCGAGGUGGAGGGACGUCGCCUGCGCAAGGUGAUGCUCAAGAAAAUCUCCAAUGGAUCUGAGUUGACUCCCUUCCAAGCGCGACAGACUUUCAGCUUGUACUUGGAAUCCGUGCUGCGGCGGCUAACCGAAGAUCCCAAAGAUAUACACGAGAAGAUAAUAUUAAAGUUUUUAAAUAAGUUCGGAGGAUCCGUGAAGCCGCCGGUGAUGUUCCGGAAUAUGCAGAACAUCAAGGUGGCCAGCAAGGCGCGCUCGGCCAUGGUGGCCAAGCUCCUGGGCGACUUCCUGGAGAACUACAAGCGGGACACCGAGGCGUAUGUGGACUCGUUCGAUCACUUCGGCAUGAUACCGUCCAGUGCCUACAGUCAGUUCUUAACGCAUGCCCAGGAGUCCGAUUUGGAGGCAGUGCUGACGCUGCACACCAAUGUCACGGGGAUCAUGCCCUUCCUGUACAAUCGAUGUGGACUGAGUGUGCCACCCACUCCUCCAAUCCCUUCCGGCCUCUACGGCUUCCUCAGAGCCCUGCCCUCCAUGGUCACCUCUUCGGGAAUGGCCAGGGAGCUCAGCAAGUACGAUGGCUACUUCAAGAGCUACGACAAGGAGAAGGUAUUCCUAUGAGGGAGAUUUUAAACUAUAUAAACUUUAGCUAAUUCGUCAAGCUUUUCUGUCCAGUCAUUAGUCACCUAUGGGGUACUAAGUCUAGCUAUUUUUGUAUUCAAAUUUUCGCAUUAAGGCCGAGGCUUAAAUAAAUAAAUAAAUAAAAAUCGACAAACAACGAUUACUUAACUGUAA